UUUUAAACUGUCAAAACACGCUGGAAUUUUAGUCCUUUAAACUUUUAAACAAUGAAAUAUAUAAAUUUUGGUGAACUCAGAUCAUGACUUCAAUUAUAGAGUAUUUUAAAAUGAGUCGAUUUAGGAAGCUCGUGUUUUUUAUUACAAUUAUAGCAUUUGUUGGAAUUUUUCUUUUAUUCCAAACUGGAAGUAAACAUAACACACGUAAAACCGAUGUAGAGUCUAUGUUUUUUGAAGAAAAUUUUGAUGAUACCGACUUGACUGAAGAAGAAAAAAAGCACAGAAACAUGCUGAAAGAUGGAAAAUUGAAUAUACCAGAACUUGGCCUAAAUUUUAUAGAAAACAUGGAACACAAUAAAAAGAAAGCUACCACAACACCUAAACCACCAUUUAAGCCAGAAUUGAUGUUGAUGAAAAAUCCUCCAAUAUUUCUCACAAAGAAUAUGUCGGAUGGUAUGGUGGAAGAGAAUUUUUUUAAAUACUUGGAAACAAAAGAUGUAAUAUGUAAAAAUGAUGAGAGAGUAGGGUUUCAACAUGAUGGCGGAUGGAAUGUUUGUAUGUCUCCUCCUUUUGGAUUUCAUGAACCAUGUAUUGUGUACUCUUUUGGAAUAGGUAAUGAUUGGAGAUUUGACAGAGUAUCAGCCAGAAUAUACAAUUGUACAGUGUAUGCAUUUGAUCCUAGUAUACCAAUACCUACUGAGAAAUUACAUCCCAGAAUACACUUUGAACAAGUUGGAAUUGGAGGAAGAAACUCUAAGGGAUUAAAGACAUUUUCCACUAUACUGAGAGAACAUGGUCAUUCUGAAACUGUAAUUGACUACCUAAAGUUUGACAUUGAAUACAUGGAAUGGGCUGUACUAGAAAAUCUACUGAGGGAAAAGUCAUUUAAGAAUGUAAAACAGAUUGGUUUUGAAAUCCAUACAAAUGAAUUUUAUCAGCAUUUUAAGAAGCUCAAAGAUGUAAAAUUCAAUUCAGGAAAGGAUGAUUUUCUUUAUAUGUACCAUACAAUAAAAAAGUUAGAAGAUUAUAAUUUCAGACAAUUUAAUUAUAGAUUAAACCCUUUCGGAGAAUAUGGUUCUCCUAUCACCAGGAAAAAAAGGUCUUGUUGUUAUGAAUUACAUUUUUUGAAUAUGAAUUUUGUGACCCCAAAUUACACAACAACGUUAACAUAAUAAAGAUGCAAUAAUUUUGAGUAUUUUUAGAGUUUGGGAUGUUGAUGUUGUUUGAUGUAUUAUAUAUCUUUUUACUGAAAGAAUACUGAAUAUUAUUAAGGACACAAAAUGUAUACCUGUUUAUGCUAUAAGCAACUGUUUAUUUGUCUACAUUUUUACAGAUAUAAAUACAGUGUUUGUUGUGCAUAUUAAAAGACUAAAAAACACUAAUAUGAUAGAAUUGUAAGAUGCUGCAUUUGAAUUGAAACUCACUAUUAAAGUCAAAGGGAUCUGACAUAAAUAUUUGACUUAUGCAAAGUGAAGAGUAAAAUGUUGUUUUCCCAAUCAAUAGUGGGCUACUAUUGUCAAACUGGUAUAUUUAAUGUUGAAAACAUGUUUUAUGUUUCAAUUAAUUGGUAUUGAUUAUAUAGAAAAUGAUUUUAUCUAUAUAAUAAAAAACGGCCAAUUAAACCAAAGAUACCAAACACUUAUGUUUUCAUAGAUAUACUAGUUGUAUUUUUUUUAAAUAUGGAUAUAUUGAACACAUUUUACUUGAUGUAAUAACAAAAUGAUUUUUAAAGAUCAAGACUGAGAAUAUUUAUUAAAAUGAAAGAACCAUUGAAUUAAAACUAAUUUAGUAAAAAAGAGAUGAAAAGUUUAUUACAUAUGGUCUUAUUGAAAUAAGUCCUGUUGGGUGUAAGCAUUCUACAUUCUUUAUAUCUGGUUAUGUUUAGUCUUAAUC